AUGGGGGAAACUGCAUCCGAAAAAUAUGUUAGCUUUCAAAAUGAUCUGAUUGAGGAUAAAUCAUCGCAUAAACUUUUUGAUUGGAUUCUUAAUUAUCCCUUUUUUAAUGAAAAUCGAAGUACUAAUUUACAACAAGGGGUUAACAAUGACAAUUUAAAUCACGAAAAUUCCAUCGACAAUGAAAAUGAACAGGCCGAGUUAAAAAAUGAAUAUAUUGUUAAUAAUACAGAAAUUUAUUUGAAAAGAGAGAACAAAGAAUUAACAACAACCAUGAUUAAAAAGGAGUUAAAUAAAAAUAAUUAUAGCGUGAUACAUAAUAGUAAGUUUUAUGUGAAUAUAAUUAAAAAGAGUGAAAGAAUGUAUAAAGUUUACAGUGACAAUUUAAAGGAAGAAGAGAGAAAAAAAAAAGCAUUUGAAAAGGCUAAAGAAAAGUUAUUAAAAAAACAGGACAAUAGUACAUAUAGUUUUUAUUCUUCAAUAAAUUUAGAUUCUAUUAAAAAAAAAAAAAAUAGCAUAAUAUUAGAAGAAUUUAAUCCAUUUUUUUAUUUUUUUGAACAAGAUCCUUAUAAAAAUAUAUAUCAUAACAAUUUAAAUUUUCCUUUAAAAAUUAACAUGCAAUUUAAUCGCUACUUUCAUAAAGUAAUAACUAAUCUACUUAUGUAUCAUGGGAUUAAAAAAAAUAUAUAUGUUAUAGUUUUAAAUAUUAUAAAUGAAAUUUCAAAACAUUACUAUAAUUAUGACUAUGACAUAUUAAACAAUAUAAAGGUUAAAUAUUUUCCCUAUAAAAAUAUAAAAAAUAGCUUUUAUCUACAAGGGCUAGUUUUCAGUAAUUGUUCCGUUUACUUUGACAAUUUAGAAAUAAAAAACCCUAAGAUAUUAUUAAUGAAUGCAGAAAAACCAAGCCAAUAUGAAGCAUUAGGAAGUUCAUAUCAUAAUAAUUAUAGUUAUGUAAAUUCUUUUUUUAAAAAACUCUCAAAUAAAAAUGUAAAUAUAAUAUUAGUGCAUGAAGAAUUACACUUUUAUAUUAAAAAAUUAUUAAUGAGUAAAAAGAUAUAUUUCUUUACUAGUAUAAAAAAGAAAAACAUAUUUAGAUUAUCAAAGAUGUUACGUACAAAGGUUUUAUAUUAUGAUAAUUUCAACAACUUUAAUAAUAGUUAUAUAGCUAAAGCAAAUUAUUUUAAAAUUCAAAAAUAUAAAAAAAAUAUAAAAAAUAUAUAUGUAUGUUGUAAUAAUAAUUUUAUAACUUUAUGCAUAUUUGGGAAACAAAAUAUUAGGGAUUCUUCAACUCAAAAUGAUACACAUGAUAAACAUUUUACAGACAAUAACAAGACUGAAAUAGCUAGUAGAUUAGGAUCUAGCCAAGACGAGGAAAAAAAUAAAACGAAAGACCCCCAUAUUGAAAAUAUAAACAAUAGUAAUAGUGAGAAAAAUUCUUUGGAAUAUUAUUUAAAAAAUGAAAUAAAAAGAGAAAAUAUUUUAGAAAAUUUAAUUUCUAUUUAUUACAAAAAGAAAAAUGAUGAUUAUAUUAUGGAUUACAAGUUUUUACACAAGGCAAAAAAAAUUUCAUUUUCAGGAAAGGAGAAAAAUGAGAAUAAAAAAAAAUUAUUAAUAAAUCAUUUAAAAAAUGUAAUAAUUAUUAAAAAAGUAAAAAAGAUAAUAAAAUAUUGUAUAUUUUUAACAUUCCAUAUUUAUAAGCAAAUGUAUUUAAACCAUUACAUGGGUAGAAUACUAGUACGCCCAUAUUUAAAUAAUAUAAGCAUAAACAGAAUAUCUGAUAAAGAUUGCAUAGAUUUUUAUGAAAAAUUAAAUAACUCUAUUAUAUCAUCACUGUCAAGUUUAUUCCUUUUUUAUAAUGUUCAAAAAAUUAAGAUCACUCCAAUAAAUUUGAUGUAUAAUUUAUUUCAUUUAAUAAAUAUUCAAAGCCCUGUAAUGAGAGAAAGAAUGAAAAUAUUGUACACACUUAUAAAACCUAAUGAUAUAAUAAAAGAGCAAAUAUAUAAUAAUUAUGAACAUUGUUUUUUUGAUAAUGCUGAAAAAAAUAAAAUAAUAGACAUUGUAAAUUAUUUUAUUUUUAACAGUUUUAUGAAAAAUUAUGAAUCAAAUUAUGAUUAUAUAUAUUAUUAUUUAAAUAUUAUAAAUACAACAUAUCUGCAAUAUACAUAUAAAGAUAUAAUAAUAAAUGAUGAUGAUCUUUUAAACAAUCAAUAUAUAUUGAAUAAUUCAUUACACGAUGAUACUAAUAUACAGAUAGAAAACAAAGUUAAUGAAAAAGUGGAAAAAAUUAUCGCAAAAAAUAUACUUUUUUAUUGUUAUAAUUUAGAAAUAUCAAAAAAUAUAGAAAUGAUAACUUAUUUUAUAUGUCCUAAUUAUAUGCAUAUAAAUAAUACAUACAACAAUAUUAAUAUGUACUCUUUUGGGAGCAAGUAUCUUACAAUUGAAAAUGUUUUUUACAAUUUUUUCUUUAACUAUAAAUAUAUAUGCGAUAUAUCCAUACAGCAGUUUGUGGAAAUGAUGCACUCUCUUAGUUUUACGAUGAUAUGCCCGUUGGGAUGCUGCUCGAACUAUUUGAUAUACCAUCAAAUAUGCAUUCAAAUACUUUUAAAAGGAAUAUUGAUAACUAUGAAAAAAGUUCAAAAUGAAAAUAUAGAAGACGAAAAAAUUAUGACAAUAAUAUGUACCAAAUGUCAUGUCACAAAAAAAAAAAUCAUUAAUAUAAAUUUUACUUUUAGUGAAUUUAUGCUAACUAUUAUACAUGGAGAAAAUUAUAAAAAUGUUCAAUGCAAUCACAAUGGGAAAUAUAAUAGCUAUGAAAUUUGUUUUAAAAAUAUCAAAAUAUCUUUUCACGCACAACAAAAUUAUAUAUGUAAAAUUGCUUCAAUUCAAAAUGAAAUAAAUGUAAUGGAGGAUAAUGAUUCGAAUAUUAUACAGAGACAAAGAAAACAACAUAAAUUAAAUAUAAAAAAAAAUAAUAUAAAGAAAAUUGUUUUAAAAUAUAUUGAAAAGAAUAUAAAAAAUAUUAUUCACAACAAUGUGUUUUAUUACUAUCCAUGUGUUUGUAUAACAAAAGAGAAAGAUCAUAAUAAGUUUUGUAGUUCUAGGAAAAUAGGUAGAAGACGAGAUAUAGAUCGGUCUAAAUGGCUAAACGAUAUGUAUAAUCAUUUUAAUAUAUACAAUAUUAUAGAGACUUUUCCACUUUUUACAAUCUCAAUGUUACCAAUGUAUUGCUCAUUAAAAUAUUUGAUAUAUAAUUGUGCGAUUAAUUAUUAUAGAUCAAAAAAUAAGCAUUUAUAUGAACAGAACAGAGAAAAAAAUAAGAAAGAAAAUUUUAAUAAUUCUUAUUCACCUAUAUAUUUUAGAAAUCAAUGUAAAAAAUGUAAAUAUUUAAAAAUUUCAAAUUUUUCAAUACUAGUAUUUUUUAAUAUGUUAUUUAUUAUAAAAAGGAUAUUUUGUAAUUUUUAUAUUUCAAUUAAUUUUGUUAUAAAUUUGUUAAAUAAAAAUAUAUUUAUAAAAUCGAAUGAUAUUUUGUACUGUCUUAAUUGUAUAUCCACUAUUAUUCAGAACAAUAAAAAUCAAGCAGAUGAGAAUUUUAAAGAAAUUGAAAAAGAAUGGGAACACAUUUCACAAAUAAAACCAGACUUACAAGAAUCUUUAAUUAACUAUAAUUUAAAUGAGAUUAUGAUUCGAGAAAAUAUUGUGUCUUUUAAUGAGCAAUCAAAUAAGGAGUAUAACAAAAGCAGAGGAACUUCAAACACUUCAAGCAUCCAAGUAGGUAUAAACAAAUCACACAGCGAAGAGUUUUUUAGUAAGCUAUCUAAUAAUACUAUUCGCAACGCAAGCUAUAAUAAGUUUAUUACACAGAACAGAGAAGAAUACAAUUUUACUAAAUACGUGAAAACGUUUACACUGAGUUAUUCGAAUAUUGGGGAUUUAAAUGGAAAUUUAGGCAACCAAACAAAUAAAGAGACUGUAAUAUAUGGAUUAAACGCAACUAAUGAUAAUAUUUCAUACAUUUUAAAUGACAUUUGUAAAAUAAAAGAUAUUUUAUUUAAAAAAUUUAUAGUAUUUAAAAAAUAUAAAAAAAAAAUGGAAUAUUAUAAAAAAAAGUUAAUUUAUAUUUUUAAAAAAAUAUAUUUUUAUGCAAUUACAAGUUUAAAGAAAAACAAUUUUACUUUAGAUAUGGACAUAUUCUUCUCAUUAUAUAUUAUGCUUUUAGAAAGGAUUAAUUUUAAAAUUCAAAAAAAUAUUGAAAAAAUGACAAAGUUUAUAAAUAAACCUAAAUUGCAACAUUUCCACAUUAGUAAAAAUAUUUCUAAAAGGGAGAGAAAAAGUGGCGUCUCGUUUUUUUUUGAAAACAUUCGAAAUUUAAAACCGAACAAGUGUACUAAUCAAACUAAUAAGACACACGCAAAAGUUCACAUAAAUGUGGAUAAAAAAGCAAAUAAUGAAAUUAAGAAAUGGAGAGAGGAAAUCAAUAAAUUACAGAAAUACAAAUGUAGAAGAAGAAAGUGUAAAAAAAACAAAGUUAAAAAUAAAAUUUGGACAACAAGACAUUAUUACACAAUAGGCAUGUAUAAUAACAACGUUAUUGAAACUGAAGAUGAUCCAAACAUGGGUUUUACAUUUGUUCAAAAUUAUGAUGUAUAUAAAUUAUACAUGAAAGAGGCUUAUUAUAUUUAUAACAUUGAAAAUUAUAGAAAAAAAAAAUAUAUAGACGAUAUUAACAAAGAAGAGAAUGAAAAUUCAAACAAAAAACAAUUUUAUGCACACAUAUCGAAAAUAGUGGAUUUAGUAAGAAGUGAGAAAAACCCAAAAAGCGAAGAAAAGGAUAAAAUAAAUAACAUAACAAAUGAGCAAGACAUAACAAAAGAGAAUUUUGUUUUUCUAUUUAAUCAAAAUGAUAUAGCUAAUUUAAUAUUUCAUUCGUUGAUAUCAAAUGAAUAUAAUAUAAAGUUAAAAAAAAUAUAUGAAGCUGAAGAAGAAAACAUAAUGGAUGAAAAAAAUUCAAAAAUAUAUAAUAGUAAAGAAGAAAAGAAUAUUUCGUCCUUUAGUAUAUAUGGAAACAAGGGAUUCGAGGAAGAAGAGAACGGAAACACUGGUUUAGGAAAUGAAAAUAUUCAAGAAAUUACUUAUGAGAAAAAACGCAAGCGAUUUCAAACUGAUAGUAGAAUUUUAAAAAGGAGAAAACAUAACACUUCAAAAAGAAUAAUAAAACAAAAUAAGGAAGUUAACCAAAAAUAUGAUAAUGGUAUCGACCAAUUUAUAAAAAGUAAACUAAACAAGCUACUAAAUGUGUCUCUUAAAAAUAAUAUGAUAAAUGAAUUUAUAAAUAGUAAAAAUGAUGAUUGUAUAAAUAUAAUGCUAAAUGAUAGUAUUACGGUUUCUAUAUAUUUCCCUCUUCAAUUUUAUUAUUUAAGAAAACAUCUAUGUAAAAAAGAAGAAUCAUUUUUAAUUUCACUUAUAAAAAGUAAUUAUAUAAAUUUUGAUCAUAAAAAAAAGCAUUUUAUUAAAACAUAUGAUGAUAAAUAUAUUAUAAAAGAAAUAAAUGCACAUGAAUUUAAAUCUUUUUUAACUAGAUAUAAAGAAUUUUUUCAAUAUUUUUCAAAUGUCUUUUUCAAAUCUCAAAAAUCAGCAAUGUGCUUUUUAUUUGGCUUAUAUCAAAUUUCAAUAAAAAAACCAAACCGGAAAACAUUAAAAAGCUAUAUUAUUUUAGAAAAUAUAAAAAUUGCAAAUCAUAAUUCAAAAGUAUUAAUUUUUGAUAUUAAAGGUGCUAGAAAAAAAAAAAACAUACAAAAAUUAAUUAAACAAAGUAGAAAAACUAUCUCGAUUUUUGACAAGAAUUAUAAUCUGUCUUUAAAUACAUGCAAAAUAACGCAAGAUGGCGAAAAAGAUGAAUCAGAUAAUUGUGGUUCGGGAAUUUCAAUGAAUUUGAAUUAUUUUAACAAAUACCUUAAAAAUGAAAAAAAAAUUAAGUUAAUAUGCAGAUCUUAUAAAAAUAAAAGGGAGAAAAAUAGACAGAUUUAUCCUAUAGAAGAAAAAGGGGAAGACCUAUUAAAUUCAGAGAUGGUUUUUUCAGGCAUAUCUAAUGGUAUUCAAAAUGAGUCUCCACAAAAAAAAAUGCAAACACACAAUAUAAGUCUAAGUAAUAACAGUAGUAGUAGCGGUCAAAGCAAUGAACAGAUAAUGCAUUGGGCAUACAUAAAUAUUAGAAAGAAAAUGAUGCGUGGUUUGAACUAUCAUUAUAAGAUUAAAUUAUUUGAAAUUUCACAGAAUGUGAUGAAAUUCAGGAACAGAUAUAUAGUGAUUAAAAUGGGUAAAGCUGUAGAAAUGGAUAAUCCAAAUGAAUGUAAAUUAGAUAAUGAAAUAACCCAAGGUAAAGAUGAAAAUGAUACAAAAAGAACAGAAAUCAAUAGUGAAAACAUUUUCAUGAAAGAAAUCAUUGCUAACACAAAAAUGUAUUUAGCGAUAAAUAGACAAGUUUUAAAUUUAAAAAAGAACAAAAUAAAAAAAAUUGACCGAAAAAAAAGAAGAAAAAAAGCAAUUCAAAGUAAAAAUCAUUUAUAUUAUUUAAAAAGAACAUUAUAUUUUUUAAGAAAAAAAAAUAAUUAUAUAUUAAAUAAAUAUAAUUUAAAUAGACAUAUAGUAAGACAUAACAGUAUAAGCGAAGAAAAAUAUGAUUUUAUUGAUAAAGAUAAUUUAUAUAAUAAAAAUUUAGAAGCAUUAAAUUCGAUAGAAAAAUAUAAUCAUUUUGUAGUGGAUAAUUAUAACAGCUAUAAGGGUUAUACUGUACUGUUUGAUGACAAUUUUCGAGAUUAUAUUAAAUCAAAAGUAAUAAAUUUAGAAUAUAAAGAUUAUAAAUAUUUGAUGGACUCAUUAAAAGAAGACAGUGAUUUUUUAUGCUCACAAGAUAUUAUGGAUUAUUCCUUACUUAUACAUAUAGACAUAUCAAAUCAUGUUAUCAUUUUUAAAAUAAUUGAUUAUUUAAGACCAUAUACUUGGGAUAAAUCUGUGGAAAACUUUAGCAAAAGUGUUCUUUAUUUGACAAAAGGUUAUAGGCCAACUAUUAUACAGUCUGAAUAUUAUAAAAAAAGAUUUAUAAGUAACAUAAAGAAAUAUGUUUCAUUUUAUAUUCCUAUACAUGCUCUUAAUAAGGAUAGUGUUUUUAAGAUAACACCUAAAUCGAAAAUAAACGAAUAUGAAGAAUCUAAUGAAAUUGAAAAAGCAGCCACAAAUGAAAAAAGUUUCUCUAUUAUUACAUUGAACAAAAAUAAUCCUUAUAGAAAAUAUUUUUUUUAUAAUUUAUUUAAUAUAAUUAUACGAUAUUAUGGAAAUUUUCACAUAUAUAUGAAAUAUUUUAUGACGAAUCAAAAUAAUUUACAUAUGCAUUCAUUUGGAACAAAUAUUUAUUCGAAAAAAAAUUUAUUUAUUUUUUUAAGUUAUUAUGCAAAAGAAAUGUAUAUAAAAAUGAUUACAGAAAAAGAGGAAGAAAACAAAGAACAAAAAAAAAACUAUAACAACUGUAGUAACACCACAGAACAGCUAACGUUAUAUAUGCAAAAUAGAGAUCCAUUUUUUAUGUGCUUCAAUAAUGUAGGCAAUGAUGGUUUUAGGCACAUCCAAAACGAAGAUCAAAAUGAUAAUAGUAACAAAUUAACUCUACAUAGAGAUGGAAUAAAUAGCGAAGUACCAUCUCCAAAUAUGAUAAAUAUAAACUUAUUGAAUAAAAAUUUUAUAAAUAAUACAAAUAACAAUGAUUAUGAUAAAAUGACCGAGGUUAUUGAAUAUUUAAGAAAUCCUAUUUUUCCAUAUUAUACAGUAGAACAAUAUAAUUUCUUAAAUUAUGAUUAUAUAGAUGUUAGAAAUAAUAAUAUCUAUGAUGAUAUAUUUUCACAAAUUUAUAAAAAUACUUUAUAUUUUCCAAAUAUUCUUAAUAUAAAUGAUAAGAAAAAUGACUUGAUCCAUUUUUCAAAAAUUCAACCAAAUUCCUUUUUUAAUUCAACAAAUAAUUCUUUUGAUAUAAAUAAAUAUAAAAUGCUACAAAAUUUAUUUUAUAACCGAAUUUCGGAAUUUCAAAUUACGAUUUUAAGAAAAUUACAAAAACAUAAUUUUAACAUAGAAAGUAUUUCAAAUUAUGUUCAAAAUAAUUUAUAUAUUGAAAUGAAUGAUGUUAAUCUUCAUCACAAUAAUAUAAAUUAUUUGGAUGUCUAUAACAUUUUUAAUAUUUGUGAAAAAAAUUUUAAUACGAAAUACAAGAGAAAAAGCCGUAGAAAAGGGAAUAAAAAAAGAAAAGACAACGUUCUUUUGUACAUUCCGUCUUAUUUUUUAUUUGCACUUGAGAAGAAAUAA